AUGAAAGCCCUCACUCUCCUCCCGCUCGCGGCCCUCACCGCAGCAGCAGGCCUCCGUCCCGCCCCCAUCACCCCCUACAACAACAGCCUCCUCUUCAAACCCCCCAGCAACUACACCAUCCCCCGCACCCUCUACCCCCGCAACGAGCAGCUCCCCAACGGCGACCUCCUCGCCACCUGGGAGAACUACUCGCCCGAGCCCCCGGCCGUCUACUUCCCCAUCUAUCGCUCCACGGACCACGGCCAGACCUGGUCCGAGCUGUCGCAGGUCCACGACACGGCCAAUGGGCUCGGGCUGCGCUACCAGCCGUUCUUGUACCAUCUGCCGGAGCGCAUUGGGAAGUUCCCAGCCGGCACGCUGCUGCUGGCGGGGAGUAGCAUCCCCACGGAUCUGUCGUCCACGCAGAUCGAUCUGUAUGCGUCCCGGGAUGAGGGGCGCUCGUGGCAGUUUGUGAGCCAUAUCGCCGCCGGCGGAGAGGCGAUCCCGAAUAAUGGGUUGACGCCCGUGUGGGAGCCGUUCCUGAUGGCGUACGAGGGCACCCUCAUCUGCUACUACUCCGACCAGCGCGCGAAUACCACCCAUGGCCAGAAACUGGUGCACCAGACCACGCGCGACCUGCUGAACUGGGGGCCUGUCGUGGACGAUGUGUACGCCCCCUCCCCCGGGGACUAUGAAAAUGGAUUCUGA